UCAACGUUCCAUGAGCUGCAGAGAGGAGGUGGGUGGAUGCGCUGCGCUUAUUAAAAUAUUGCAUUAAAUAACGCAAUAAACCCAUGCACGCUUAAAGAUGAGCUGCUGACCAUACCGGGAAGAUCCAGCGCUGCAAUGUGCAUGUUGUGUUUGGAAGCGCGGGUCCAAAAUCUACUUUAGGUUUGGAUGCGACAGAGACAUACGCACGUGUCUGCCUCAUAAAUAAUGCAAAGGUUUGCACGGAGCCAGGACUUGAGAGACCCAGGUUUGUGUGCACAAGGACUGCAUUGUGACUCCGCAGAGCCAGGUUUGCACGGAGCCAGGACUUGAGAGACCCAGGUUUGUGUGCACAAGGACUGCAUUGUGACUCCGCAGAGCCAGGUUUGCACGGAGCCAGGACUUGAGAGACCCAGGUUUGUGUGCACAAGGACUGCAUUGUGACUCCGCAGAGCCAGGCCAUUCUCCCUCUACUGGAAUGAAAUCUGCAGAAAAAACAUUUCUCCUUCAUAGGUUAACCCUUUACAACCCCCCUCGGGGCAGGAACGUGGGGAAUUCGACAGCUCAAGUCCUGUUUUGAAAGAUGAGGCGUCUCUCUCCAUCAGGCUGAUCGGUCGCUGUAUAAGGAGCGGUCAGGCAGGUGACCCACGGAUUCAGAGAGAGGCUGGGGGUCAGCAACGAGGGGGAACUUGGCGGUUAUUUUAAACAUGUCUUCGGUCCGAGCCCAGAACACGCGGACUGACCGUUCAGGACAGCAGCGUGCCGUGGGGGAGUCGGACAGGCACGCUGACCUCUCGGACAGUGACAGUUCUGACAACUAUUUGCUGUCUUCUGAUGAAGAGGAGGCGAUUUCUCAGGGGAUUGAUGCCUCAUUAGAGUCGGACCCAGAGGGGGGGCUGCCCUGUCCCUCUGUGAAACGCGGGAGGGUAUCCGUGACCCCAGCCUCGCUACAGGACGGAGACCCAAACCGAUGGAGAGAUGCGGGAGAGAACGACUCGGCUCCUGUCCCCCCGCGGUUCGCCCCCCGUCGCGUCCCAGGACCCCAGCUGGACGCGAUGAGGAACUACAGCCACUCAGACUUGUUUCUCUUGUUCUUUUCCAGAGCAGGCAUUCAAAAAAUCUGCAGCCACACCAACAAGCAGGCUGGAAAACGGCGAGCGAAGGGGAGCAAGGCUCGCCCCUGGAAUGCGGUCGGCAAGGAGCAGUUCUGUGUUUUUUUGGCCCUCGUUCUUUACAUGGGGCUGGUCAGGUUGCCCGCCCUGGCAGAUUACUGGUCGGAGGAUUCGUUUUUCGGCGCGCCGUUCUGCGGGCAGCUGAUGAGCCGAAAUGCUUUUUUGGGCGUUCUGUGGAACCUGCGCCUCAGUGACCCCGAGGCAGACGAGGAGAACGAGCGGAAAAGGGGCACCCCUGAUUACGACCCCCUCUGGAAGCUGCAGCCGUUUCUGAAGGACCUCCAGGCUUCGUGCAAGGCGCAGUACCACCCCAACCAAAACCUCUCCCUAGAUGAGAGAACGGUUGCCGCAAAAGCCUCGAUUGGACCGAACCAAUCCCCCGGGGACGAACCCGCAAAGUGGGGCUACAAACUGUUUGUUCUUGCAGACUCCCUCAGUGGCUACACCUGGAACUUUGAGGUGUAUGCUGGGAAACGGAGGCAAGCCUCCGGAAAGGGUCUGAGUUAUGACAUCGCCACGUCGUUGAUGGAUUGCUCUUUGGGCUCGGGCUACAGACUGUACUGCGGUAGCUUCUUCACCAGCCCCGUGCUGUUCCGGGACCUCCUGUCCAAGGAGACGGGGGCGUGCGGGACGAUCCGAGAGUGCAGGAGAGGGUACCCAGCCACGAAACCGAACGGGCUGGACAGGAAGUCGCCGAGGGGAACGAUCAAGUGGCUGCGCCAGGAGGAAGUCCUCUUCCUGAAGUGGAGAGACGUCUCUCUGUGCACGACGUUUCACAAAGCCCAGGACGGGCGACGCGUAAGGCGGAAAAUCAAAUCCCGGGACGGGACGGGGCGAAACGCGUCUCCCCCAGGGCCGAUCCAAGACUACAAUCGACGCACGAGGGGGGGCGACCAAUCGGAUCAGCUCCUCGAUGGCUGCAGCGUGCCGCGCGAAACAAACCGCUGGUACAAGACUCUGUUUUUCCAGUUCGUCAAUAUUGCGACGGCCAACAGCUUCAUCCUACACAGGGAGAUCUGCGAGCAAUUUGGGCAACAGCCAGACACCCAGAAGAUGUUCCUCAGAGCUUUGGUUUUUGAACUGGCGGGGGAGCUGUACCCCUUACAGACGACGUCGCUGGCAUCGCCCUAUGCCAUGCAGCACCUGCCAGAGCCGCUUGCCCGGGCAGACGCGACCGCGCGGCGUUCCAAGACGACGCGAGGGCGGCAGAGCUGCGUUUACUGCAGGAGAACUGAAGGGAAGCAGAUCAAAACGCCCUGGCAGUGCAGGAGCUGCGACGUGCCUCUGUGUGCCAUUGUGGAUCGGAACUGCUUCUCUAAGUGGCACAGAAGGUUUCUGCCCUCGCAAACGCAUGCGUGUGUGUAGUAGUUUUGCUGUUUCUUUUUGUAAGAUGUUUAUUUUGUUGCUUGUGUUCUGAAAAGGACUCUUUUUGGUAAAGAAAUCUGGAAAAUAUUAAGUGUUCUCACUCCUGUUUUGUUCUGUUGGGCUGAAAUUUUGUAUGUUGCUUCCUGGUGUAUCAGACUUCUGUUUCAAAUUGGCAGGAGCCUUUGUUUUAUAUGUUUCUAAUCCAAUAAAGAGUUAUUUUAUUUA